GCAAACCUCCUCGCUGCUGUCAGUUGUCUAACGUAGCUCUGCCUCGUAGCGCCAUCGAGUUUGCAUCCGUUUUUUGCUCGCCGAAAGCCCACCAACACGCACCAUGAAGUUCGCCAUUGUGUUUGCCGCCGUGCUGGCCGUUGCCCUCGCCGCUCCCGCCGACGAACGGGACGCUCAGGUGCUGAAGUACGAGAACGAUAACCUGGGAGUCGAUGGAUACAACUUCCAGUACGAAACCAGCAACAACAUUAACCGUGCCGAGACGGCCGAGCUGAAGAACUUCGGAGAUGAUGUUUCGGCCCUGGUCGUCCGUGGCUCGUACUCGUACACCGGUCCGGACGGACAGGUCUACACCGUGAACUACGUCGCCGACGAGAACGGAUUCCAGCCGGAGGCUCCCCAUAUCCCACGCCUGUAAGGUGGACGACUAGCCAUGGGGAUCCUUGUCCCUGGUUCCUUCCCUCUACAUCCUGCCACUCUCAACUUCCUAGGUUAAUGCAACAUUCUUCGAACAAUUCUACCACUUCACCAAUAAAAGCUGUGACCUGAUUAUGUUUUUUUAAUCCAAAACAAAA